GAGGUACCCUCGAAAGUACGCUGCUUUAUCCGAACGAUGAAAUCUAGUUUUCCUGUACAUAACCUCGAAACCUCAAAAAGUGGGUUUUUGAUCAAGAAAGCAUUGACUCUUAUCAAAAUGAAGUUUGCUAUCAUCUGAUUAGGUUGUAAAUCUAGUGGUGAUGUCAAGAGUUUCUAAAUGAAAAUUAAUUAUAAUUAAGCAAUACAAGUCUUAAAAAUAAUUUAAAUCAAUCUAAAAUAAUUUCAAAAUAUGAUAGCUGUAAAUAAAAUGAUAGAAUUGCGUGUUUCAUUUGAGAACUGUCAUUAAUGGCCUGUUGCAUUCAUAGAUGUGAUCACGAGGCCGCAAUCGCACAGUCCAGGUGUCAUGUUCUGGAGACUAAUGCAAUCACGUUCUAUUCUUUAUAAACAGAACUAUCAUUGUUAUUAUUUAUAAUUUUUGAAGAAUGUCCUAUGAUGAUAAAGAUGAAAGAUUGCCUACUAUUGACAAAGUUCUUGGCUUUGCAUCAAAAACACCUUUGACAUCAUUCCCAGAGAUGUGGUACCAAAUAUUCCUAUGGGCAUUUUUCUCAUCAAUUUUUGUGCAUAUAAUUGCUGCCAUGAUUGCCUUUGCAACUUUAAGAAAGCACCACUUCGGAAAGUUCUUCCCAGUGCUGAUUCUGUUGAUGGGAGUGGUCCAGCCGAUCAGCUCUGGCGUAGUUAGCAGCGCCGCCAUAGCGUCGGUCUAUCGGGCGUCCAUGAUUCAGAUGGCGCCGGUCUACGCGCUGCUCUGGGGGGUCGGUCAGACCGUGCUAGCCGCUGCCGUCGGGUUCACGCGCAUACUUGCCACCUUAUAACACACGCUCCUCACUGCUCAACGGUCUGUGGGACCGCUACUUCAUCCAUAUCGUUUGUUCCAUUGGUCUAUGAGACCGUUACUUUAUCUAUCCACUCCAUAUCGUUUGUUCCAUCGGUCUGUAGGACCAUCAUUUCAUCUGUGUACUCUAUAUCGUUUGUUUCAUCGGUCUGUGGUACCACCAUUCCAUCUAUUGACUAUAUCCUUCCAUCUUUCCAUGGGACCUCUAUUACAUCAGUGUAUUCUAUAUUAGUUCCCCUACGAGUGACUAGUACCAGUUUCUAGGAUCAUAACUUAAUUUCCAUUUUCCAUAUCAUCAUCAAACUAAUAUAAUGUAAUUGAGACCCCAUCAUCCCUGUACAUUCAUCAUCAGUCGGGUCAAUCUGCAGGUUCUCAACUUCACUACCUAAAAACUCAUGUAUUACUUUUUCAAUGAAUCAACUAGUACUUUUCGGUUUUCUUUAAAAAAAGAACAUCUGUGACUCGUCAUGUCUAAUAAUAAGAAAACCGAAGGGUACUACUACUAUAUUGUUUCAAAAAACCAUUGAGUAGCCCUAAAAAAUGUAUCAGAAAUAUGAAUUACUUAUUUAGGUGAUCGUCUUGUAUUCAAACCUCGAGACCACAGCUGUGAUGCUGCUAAUGUUUUCAUACUAUAAACCUAUUUAUAACGCCUUAGAAAGUAAAACCAUUGUAAGGUUGUUAAUAAUUGCAUGUAUAUAAAGAUGCAAAUCCACAAAUCCCAUUGAUUUUGAGUGAUGAACAAUUGGUCAAGGAAACUGCAUCGCAUGAAAAUGGUAGAAUUUAGUCUAUUAUUUUAAAAACAUCAUAAAAACUUGUAAAAAAUUUGUCUUGUUUCAAAAGCAGUGUUGAUCUACAAUGUUCAGACACAGUGCUCAACCAAGCGCUAAAAACCACAUAAUUAUAAGUGUGAUUUCACUCCAAAUAUUUGACCCGAAAAAUAUUUUCUAACCGCAUUAAAAUUGACCUAAUAAAUAGGAUAUACUUUUGAUUGUUUUGCGAAGUCAUUUUUCAAGCUAAACAUAAAUCUUUCAUGAGUGUUGAAAUUACAGAAUCGAUAAUUAAAAAUUAACCACUGCCGUUUUUAAUCUGUUUGAUAACUAUUUUUAAUGAUUUUAAGCACAUGAAAAGGGUAGUUAACUUAUGUUUACUGUGCGUGAAUGCUGUUUUUUGUAAUUAAAAAAAAAUCAUGUGAAACAGGUCCUCAACCAACUGUUGAAAACUCCUUUAAAUUUAUUUCUGAAUCUUUUUAGAAAAUCUAUUUCAUUUCUCUCAUUCAUCUAUAAUCAAUUACAAUGUGAAACUUUGUUGACUAGCUAAUGCUAAUAUUAUCUCCAUAUCCUGCUCACAGAAAAGAUUAAUCAAAAUAUCAAUGUUUUUCUGGGAUGUAUCUUACAUCUAAUGGAACUAAGUGUAUCCAAUAACACCCUUAUAAUGCAGCUAAAAUAUGUAGGCUACUUUUGUAUCACCCUAUUUCCCACCAUAUCUAUUAUCACUAGCUUAAUCUAUAACCUCUAUUUUUCAUUAUAGCUCUUGCACCUAUUAUUGCCCUGAAGAUAUUAUUAUAAUUCACGAUUUUUCCUAUAUUUUUGAGUAAUUUCAAAUUGUUAUACUCAUCUAUCUAAUAGUGUUAAUAUUACAUUAUUAUUACAUGAAACCCAUAAUGAGUGAGAACACGUUUAGUACUCAUGCUCUUGCUAAUAAAAAUAGUCUAAAAUUCAAUUUUUAACUUCAUUUCUACACUUUUCUUGUACAUACUAUAGUGAGAUUCUCCAAACUGUCAGAAUUAUUUGAAUGGUAAAUGUUAGUGUUAUUUAGCAAGUAAUCCUGACAGUUUUAAGUGAAUCCUACUAUAUCAGCAUAUAAGGUAUAUAUACUUUUGGAAAUAGUAUCGAUAUUUUUUGUAUAGAUUAUUAUUUUGUACAGAAUACGUCAUUAAUUGUAGUGUUAAUGCCUGUAAUCAAACAGUAAGUGUAACGAUAUGAAUACAUAAUUGGCAUAAUUAUAUCAAUAUCACACACAAAAAUACUUCGGGGCAGGCUAGAUUAGUCUGCUGAGCUGAGGCAGAUCAAUCCAUUAUCAAUUAUGGGAUAUUUGUUUUUUGAGAUGAGAUUAGAUGAAAAAGUCUACAUUACAUUCGAUUAUUUUUCAAAAUUCUCGACGUCUGUGAUAAUUUUAAAGAUGAGUCAGUCUGAGCAGUUCUUGGUAGGUGACUAGUACAUUUACAUCUAUUUUUGCUACGUUUUGCAUAGGUAAAUUAUUUUAUAAAUUGUUUGACAAUGUUUUCAAGAUUGGCAUAGUUUCAACCCAUUAAAACACCAUGCUUCUGGUAAGCAAUCCAAUUUUUUAAACCCACAUAACCAAUAAAAUACAAUUUAAUGCAUUGAAUGUAAUAUUCGACUGGUUCAAUUUAAUGGUUCUAACUUGGCAAACUUUUAAAACUAUGUUUGAUUUGCGUAGUGCAAACAUUGACUACUGAAAAUUAAUAAAUUUGUUCAUUAUCGUAGUAUUAACGUACUAGUAACAUAAUGCCUCUUUAGUCUCAAUAUUAUUUCCAUCUUGUAUAUAAUAUUAAAUGUUCAAACUAUUUUUCAGGAAAGAUUUGUAUUUUCAAAUAUCAUUCAAACUAGUAAUUUUUGAACAUACUUGGCAUUUUAUUAUUGGCUAGACCCCUUGUCAAUAUUAAUACAAACCAUUUCUAUUUAUAUUAUUAUUAUUAUUACCUAUUAUGUGGUAUCUAUUUAAGCUCAUGGUUUUUAUAAGAAAGUAACAAUAACAAUAUUAUCUUGCAUGCAUCAACAUUCGAUUUGGAAACCAUUGAAAAAAUCUCACUCCUUACGGAAUUUUGGUUUAUUUUGUGGUUUACUUUAAUCAUCCACUUUGGCAUUUGAGGCCAAACUUGUUUUAGUGAGAUCACAGGUAUGGGUAUUUGGGACAAGCUUUAGAAGGUACCUAAUCUCCCAACCCACUCACGUACUGGUACAAAUAGUAUUCAUGGACUAUACAUAGACUGCCGGUAAAUAUUAUAUGGUCGAUAUAUUUUUAUUUCGGACAAUUGAUUCAAACUAAAUUAUCAAACAGCGGUUUUAGGCUAACGCCUGUUUUAUCUCAAAUGUUGUAAUGUUCGAUCCAUUAAAUCAGUGGAAAUUAUAAUAAGUAACACUACUCUAUACUAAAGAUUGAAGUCUCCAGUUUGAAAUAUCCUUCAAAUUCCGUUUUGCAAAAUUUGUUUCCUCUAGUCAUUGUAAUAUUUUUAUAUGACUUGAUGAAAUCAUAAAUGUUAUUGCAACUGUUGAACGGUCAAAUAAAAAUGUUAAUAAUUGUUUAAUCACUCCUUGAUGUUUUAAUUAGUGUUGUAUUGUUUAAAACUUUUUAAAUAUAAGUAUGUGACCCUUCCAUUAUUCCCUCCUAUCUUAUAUAAGAUUUUCUCAAUUGCUGGUCUUAGUUUUCAUUUGAUUAUCAUAUCUGUUAAACUUUUCCAUUCUACUAAACUCUUCUAUUAAACUUAUCAAAACUUGAACUUGCCUUAUAAAUAUUUAAUUGUUAGGUAGUAUUAUAUUACUGUACUUUGGUAAUAGUGUAUGUUUUUGAGAUUUCGAAUAAAAUUUGCUUCCAUAAAGUUGUAAAUACAAUAGAAAAUAAACUUGUCGAUAUUUUUGAGACAGUUUUUCUAGUUGAAACAGUUCCCCUCUAAAAAUAACGAAUCAUUGAUUAGUAUGAAUAGAAUCUGUAUCAAUAUUUGAUGUAAAAUAGAAUGUAAAAAUCAUCGAUUUGUUGAAAAUAGAACGGGAUUGUGCACUUACCGAAUGAAAAUAAAUUAUAAAUUGAAGUGAUUUGAAUUGUAAUACUUUUUGUAUAAAAUAGUCGACUGAUGUUUUAUAUUGGAUUCAUUGUAAAUAGUAGGGGAGUCAGCUAUAGUUGAGUAAUAGAUCAAGGUAAUUAGAGAAGAUGAAAAACCUAAUAAUUAAUCAUUACAAAAUAACUCUUUUUUAAUUACCUUGGUGCAAACAAACGGAUAAAAAUUCGUUUAUUUGUGACGAUAGUUAUAAUAAUGGAGAAACAAUCUGCACUGUAAUAGUUUUUCGAAUAAUGUAACUCUCAAAGCAACAUAAUAUUAUUGUAACACUUAACUACAGUAUAUCUUUGUUACAUUGGGUGUGGCUCUCUGUUGAAUUAAAACUAUCAUACUAUUCAUUUCUUAUUAAUUAGAAACAAGUACAAUUUAAGGAAUCAAUAUGCAAUCGAUCUGUCUAUGAAACAUUUGAACUACAAAAUUAAUUUUAAAGUGUGUCUGAUUUAGACCAAACUUGCGUAUUAAAGAUUGUUAAAAAUCUAUCAACUCGCUCAUUUCUUGUGGAAUAAUUAUAAAUUUGGAAUAAAUUUUAUUUGAAAUACUUCAAA